AACGUGGAGCGUGCGUGCCAGUCGUACUUCGGGUGUGUGCAGUGCAUCAGUGGGCCCCUGGGCAUGUACCGCAAUGCCCUGCUGCAGCAGUUCCUCGAGGACUGGUACCACCAGACCUUCCUGGGCACCAAGUGCAGCUUCGGGGAUGACCGGCACCUCACGAACCGCGUGCUCAGCCUGGGCUACCGCACCAAGUACACGGCUCGCUCCAAGUGCCUGACGGAGACACCCACGCGGUACCUGCGCUGGCUCAACCAGCAGACCCGCUGGAGCAAGUCCUACUUCCGAGAGUGGCUCUACAACGCGCUGUGGUUCCACAAGCACCAUCUCUGGAUGACCUACGAGUCAGUAGUGACUGGCUUCUUCCCCUUCUUCCUCAUUGCCACCGUCAUCCAGCUCUUCUACGCCUGCUUCCUGCGUGGCAAUGCUGAGAUGAUCUUCAUGUCCCUCUACGCCCUCCUCUACAUGUCUAGCCUGCUGCCCGCCAAGAUCUUUGCCAUUGCCACCAUCAACAAGUCGGGCUGGGGCACCUCGGGGCGCCGCACCAUCGUGGUGAACUUUGUGGGGCUGCUGCCGGUGUCGGUGUGGGUGGCGGUGCUGCUGGGCGGGCUGGCCUACACCGCCUCCAGCCAGGACCUCUUCAGUGAGACCGAGGUGGCCUUCCUCGUCGCAGGUGCCAUCCUCUACGCCUGCUACUGGGUAGGCCUGUUCACCCUCUACCUGGUCAUUGUCGCCCGUCGCUGCGGCAAGCGGCAAGAGCAGUGUAGGUUGGCCUUAACUGAGGUCUGA